AUGAGUAACACGGAUUUCUUGGGGCGGGCAAUCGAUACCGUCAAGAAGGCGAUCGAGAAUGACAAUGAUGGCGAGUACGAGAAGGCUUAUCAACUCUACUACUCCGCAUUGGAGUUGUUUAUGCUGGCUCUCAAGUGGGAGAAGAACCCCCGGUCAAAAGAGAUGAUCCGGGCGAAGGCCGGCGAGUAUAUGGAUCGCGCAGAGAAGCUGAAAAACCAUCUUGCAACGCCGGACGGUGGGAAAAAGCCAAGCGCGGUGGGCGCGAAUGGCAAAGUAUCGCAGGGAAGUGGGAAGGGCGAGUACGUUAUUUGCCCCGCCCUUGAUUUUGCGCUUUUGCACCUACUGUACCUACAGGCUUAUUGUUAUUCGUUCUCGGAGAACGUCCUGUUGAAUUCGAGCCGUUCAAAGAAAGAAGACGAUAACGGCGAGGACGCGGAAUCCAAGAAGCUUCGCUCGGCGCUUCAAGGAGCCAUCUUAUCUGACAAACCGAAUGUUAAAUGGGAGGACGUUGCUGGCUUAGAGAGCGCGAAGGAGGCGCUGAAAGAGGCCGUCAUCCUCCCGAUCAAGUUCCCGCAUCUUUUUACUGGAAAGCGACAACCCUGGAAGGGUAUCUUGCUCUAUGGCCCCCCGGGUACCGGAAAGUCCUAUCUUGCCAAAGCUGUCGCAACGGAGGCAAACAGCACAUUCUUCAGUGUGAGCAGUAGUGACUUGGUAUCGAAGUGGAUGGGUGAAAGUGAAAGACUUGUGAAACAGCUCUUCAAUAUGGCCCGUGAAAACAAACCUGCGAUUAUCUUCAUUGACGAGGUCGAUGCGCUGUGCGGCCCUCGUGGCGAAGGUGAAUCCGAGGCGUCGCGACGUAUCAAGACCGAGCUUCUGGUGCAAAUGGAUGGUGUGGGAAAUGACUCUAGGGGAGUUUUGAUUCUGGGUGCAACCAACAUUCCUUGGCAAUUGGAUGCCGCUAUUCGGCGACGAUUCCAGCGCAGAGUUCACAUCAGUCUGCCUGAUAUCAAUGCACGGAUGAAGAUGUUCAUGCUGGCCGUGGGCUCGACGCCGUGUCAUAUGACACAAGCGGACUACAAGCAACUAGCCGAUAUGAGUGAGGGCUACUCCGGUAGUGAUAUCAGUAUUGCUGUGCAGGAUGCUCUGAUGCAACCCAUCCGCAAGAUUCAAACCGCGACACACUAUAAGAAGGUGACUGUUGAAGGCGAGGAGAAAGUCACCCCUUGCUCACCAGGCGAUCCCGGCGCAGUGGAAAUGACCUGGCUCAACGUGGAAGCCGAGAAGCUUCUCGAGCCCCCUCUGGUUCUGAAGGAUUUCAUUAAGGCUGUGCGUAAUUCCCGGCCAACAGUCAGCAACGAGGAUCUUACAAGGAACUCCGAGUGGACGAAGGAGUUCGGUAGCGAAGGAGCAUGA